UGGCCCUCCUUUUUGACAACAACGACUCUGUCGACAAUGUUCACACCUUGACUAUUGGCCCCAACGCUGCCAUAACUUACUAUUAGUCUAUUGACUUUGUAAUAUCUGAAGUUAUACAUCAUGGAACCGACUGCGCCCAAAAGCAAGCUGAAAAAGCUGAGUGAGGACAGCUUGACCAAACAGCCAGAGGAAGUGUUUGAUGUUUUAGAGAAACUCGGUGAAGGUUCCUAUGGAAGCGUGUUCAAAGCCAUCCAUAAGGAGUCAGGCCAGGUGGUGGCAAUCAAGCAGGUUCCUGUGGAGUCUGAUCUGCAGGAGAUCAUCAAGGAGAUUUCCAUCAUGCAGCAGUGUGACAGCCCGUAUGUAGUGAAAUACUAUGGCAGCUACUUCAAGAACACUGACCUGUGGAUUGUCAUGGAGUACUGCGGAGCUGGCUCUGUGUCUGACAUCAUCAGACUGCGCAACAAGACGUUGACAGAGGAGGAGAUUGCCACUAUUCUGAAGUCCACGCUGAAGGGUCUUGAAUACCUUCACUUCAUGAGGAAGAUCCAUCGGGACAUCAAGGCAGGAAACAUCCUCCUCAACACCGAGGGACACGCCAAACUGGCAGACUUUGGAGUUGCUGGACAGCUAACGGACACUAUGGCGAAGAGAAACACUGUGAUCGGUACUCCCUUCUGGAUGGCCCCAGAGGUGAUCCAGGAGAUUGGCUACAACUGUGUCGCUGACAUCUGGUCUCUGGGCAUCACGUCCAUAGAGAUGGCAGAGGGCAAACCUCCCUACGCUGACAUCCAUCCCAUGAGAGCGAUCUUCAUGAUCCCCACCAACCCCCCUCCAACAUUCAGGAAGCCGGAGCUCUGGUCAGACGACUUCACAGACUUUGUCAAGAAGUGUCUGGUCAAGAAUCCAGAGCAGAGGGCAACCGCAACGCAGCUCCUACAGCACGCAUUUGUCGGCCAAGCCAAGCCGGUCACAAUCCUGAGAGACCUGAUCACGGAGGCCAUGGAGAUGAAAGCCAAGAGGCAGCAGGAGCAGCAGAGGGAGCUGGAGGAGGAGGACGACAACUCUGAGGAGGAGACGGAGGUGGACUCUCACACGAUGGUGAAGUCCGGCUCAGAGGGCGCAGGAACCAUGCGGGCCACCAGCACCAUGAGUGACGGGGCACAGACCAUGAUCGAACACGGCAGCACCAUGCUCGAGUCCGACCUGGGCACCAUGGUCAUCAACAGUGAUGAUGAUGAAGAUGAGGAAGACCAGGGAUCCAUGAGGAGACACCCCACCUCUCAGCAGCCAAUACGGCCGUCCUUCAUGGACUAUUUUGACAAGCAGGACUCCAACAAGGCAGCCCAGCAGCAGGAGAACUACAACCACAACCAGCCGCAGGAGCAACCCGGCUACCACAUCCAGUCCAAGAACGUCUUCCCAGACAACUGGAAGGUGCCCCAAGACGGAGAUUUUGACUUUCAGCUGAAGAACCUGGACUUUGAGGAGCUGCAGCUGCGUCUGACCGCCUUAGAUCCCAUGAUGGAGCGUGAGAUUGAGGAGCUCAGGCAGCGCUACACCGCCAAAAGGCAGCCCAUCCUGGAUGCCAUGGACGCAAAGAAGAGACGACAACAGAACUUCUGAGGGCCUCUCGACAAUUUUGGCUCCCCAAAGCCACCAUGACCACAACGUACAUCCCAUUGACUCAGAGGAACUAUGAUGGCUGUCUUUGUUGGAAGCCCACUGCUGUUCCGAGUGCCUGCUAGCUGGCCUCUGAAUGAAGUUGAUGCCUCUUUUACACCCAUUUUGACUCCUGGAAUCUACACUCGUCUGCCUUGUUUCUACACUUCGUCUAGAUGCUGUUCCAUCGUACUAAGUCUUAUAUUUGUUUCUACGGCUCCUGUGAAGUUGCUUUCCCAUGAGUGAUACUCAGGACUGUGGCCAAAGAGAGAACUGAGGCGAGGCCACGUCUGAAAGUCACAACAUGACUUCCCCCUUUUCCACAGGAAACACUUGGGGAAUUCCAGCGACGCAUGAGGAAGCCUCUCCUCUGGCAGUAGCAGCAGCAAAAUCAGGGGUCAAUGACAAGCGGCCUUUUUUCCUCAGACAUUUCACUUUUAGUGUAAAUAUAAUAUAGUAGUUAGUAGCCUAGUUUGGAAAUACCUGCAACAAAAAGCUGUGGAGGCUUGUCCAUGACCAAAGACAAUCAGGAUGAUGUUGAGAAUGCCUUAAAAUAAUUUAAACCUGAUCAGAUGGUUGAAUCCAUUUCCUCAGUUGGAGAUGAGUCGUAAGUGGACUGUGGGAAGCUGUGAGGACGGAGAGAAGUGAUGGAAAUCAUGUCGGUGGUGAAGAACGAAUCAUGCAUGUUUUUUAUGGUGGAUCAGACAAUUAGAAUUUCUUAAUGAUCAUUUAUUUAAUUAUGUUGUUUUGGGGCGUCUUUUAAACAUCCAGUGCACAUAUUGACUCCACGUAUCUUGGUGCCUCAUAACCCACCUGUUCCACUUUCCCCGCGGUCUUCAUGAAUUUAAAGUCGGAGCUUUUACUCAUCAAGAUGAUUUAUUUAAAUUAAAACAGAUGGCACCAAAAUUUAUGAUAAAAUUUAAAAAUAAUAGACAAGCGAAUGCAUUCCAGCUCACUGCAUAACUUCCUUUGUUGUCCCUUGCGUCUUUAAAAAGCUCUGCAGACCGGUUCCAAGGCUGUAAUAAUUAUGAUGUAUUAUGUAAUUGUUCUGAUUGAUUUACUUCAGAUUCUAAUAUAACCAUAUGUGGAGCCAUCUCGUAUUCAAAGUGUCAGUGAAGAGAAACAAGUAGCCGAUAAACAGUUUUAUGGUUGUAUUCAAAGAAAGAAACUCAGCAGGUUGAGAUGAAAGAGUGUGACUGAUACUUCACAUUUUAGAAAAACAAGCCGCAGACACAUUUUUUACAUCACUUAAAGAUUUUCUCUGCAGCUUAUAUAAGUAUUUGGUUGAGAAUGUGCUUUUUUCUGGUAUUUAGAUGGGAUUAUUAAUGAAGGAAUGAAGAUAUUGUUACAGUUCGUGCCGUUUCUUUUUUCGACGCAGGCACUUUUUUUACAGUAUAACACAAAACUGUUAACUUCAGUGACCGCCUGUCUUUUGUCAGUUGGAAUUUAUUUCACAAUGUUUCAUGGGAAACUCUCAUUGAGGGAAACAAUGCUGGUUGCAGUUUAAUUUUGACAUUUUUAUUUUACACGUAUUAUGGUGACCCUUUGGAAUUAGGUUUUAUUUUAAAUACACAUACAAUAGUUCUGCAGGUUGCUGUUACACGUGAAUGUUCAUUUGCAGUCGUAAUGGUUCAACACAGACUUACUGCAUAUUAAUCAACAUUUUGAUAAUGCCAUAAUCUAUGAAUAGACCUGCACUGUCUUAUGUAUCGGCUGGGCAAUGUUGCUAAAAUGAGUUGACACUUUAAGACGUAUGACUCCAUUCUUUUAUUUUGUAAACCCCUUUCACAGAAAUCAUUGACACUCCUAAAUUAAGUCUGCAGUGCAUUAGCAACUCUCACACAAGCGUUCACAAUUUAUUUAUUAAACAUGUUAACUCAUUUUCAUUUUGUGACACUGGUUUAAAUAUGGUAGCUGAUUUGGCUGUUAAUAUUUUUUGCCCUUUGUCAAAUAUAUGUGGCUUGAUUUCCGCCUGUUUCACACUAUGCAUGUUUUAGUUGUGCAGGUGAGUUGUUAUGGAAGCUGGGUUUUCAGCUUUUACUAACUAUUUGCUCUGUGCAAAUUUUUUUUUUUAAAGCACCUAAUUUAUUAUCUUGUUUGUAAUACUUCAUUUUGAACAGGUGCAAGACAUAAUAAAAGUUACUGAUAGUUAACCAUA